AUGAACAUGAACGAGCCUUUGUCCAAAGAUGGCCAAGGCGAAGAAGAACAAAACAACCACACUUUCGACGGUAAGCCAGGCUCCUACGACUCUAACUCUAACGCUGCUCAACGCAAAAAAUCGUUCAGCACCACUAAACCAACAGAAUACAACUUGCCCAAGAAACAACCGGAAUCAACUGCCAACAACCUAGAAACUAAGGCAAAAAAUAUUCUUUUGCCUUGGAGAAAGAAGCAUAACAAGGACUCGGAAAGCUCGAGCGCCAACACCGGUACUAAUGAUCAUUCCGACGCUAAUAUGGGCCACAACUCAAACGUUGGCUCUGGUCUAGAUCCAACCAUCGCCCCCAGCACUCAGCCUCAAACCAUGUCUAUUUCAAGCCCUAACAUCAAAACAACUCCUCCUACUACUUACGGAAGCACUAAUGCAAGCUCCAGCCCUAACGUAAAGACCACACCUACCCACGAACACGCACACUCACAUUCAAAGACUGCAACCUCUCCAACUGUCACUCGGGCGCACGCCAACGUCAACACUGGACCUACAGCUACUGCUGCCACCCACGAGCACUCCCACACCAAGACCACACCMCCCAUUCACGGGCACGCCAACGUCAAAACCGGACCUACAGCCACUACCGCCACUACCGCCACUCACGCCACACAUGAGCACUCCCACGCAAAGACUUCCCCACCCACUCAUGUACAUGCUCACGACAGUACUACCCCUAACCCUGCUACCACUACCACACACGGGUACGCUCAUGUCAAGACUACGUAUCCUGCCACCACUGGCCCUAAUGCUUCUGCUGCUGCUACUACGCACGGGCACGCCUACGUCAAGACUACAUAUCCUGUCGCCCAAGGUCAUACCAAUCCUACAGUCAGUCCCUCCACCAACCAAAACCACUCUAAUGUCAAAGCUAGUCCUUCCGCCAAUAUGAAACAUUCUAAUGUCAAUCCUAUCAUUAAGCCAGAUUCAAACGUUACCAGUAAUGUUGACUCGGGCUUGAACCGUGACACUAUUCCUGGCGGUUUUCCAAGCACAUCUUCGAACACAAAUGCCAAAGCUAGCUCUGGUGUAAAAUCCGUUAACCCUAAUGACCCAAGCAUCUAUACAGGUACAACCUCAUCCACGGAUGCUAAUGACUCUAAGAAGUCUGAUAGUACUACUACUGGAACUCCACACGAUACCAUAAAAGAAAUUGCAGAAAAGGUCAAAAUGAACGAGAGCGAACAAACUGGUUUGAAGAAUGACCAAAUUUCGGGUUCUGACCCAAUUCCAAGGCACACCAUGGACCCCAAGAAUAACAAGAAGGGAAUUACUGGUAUGGCAAUGGGAAGUGGUCCAUCCAGCCAACAGCCUUCAUACAAUGAUAAUAUGAUGAACGUUCAAUACCCUGAAAAGACCAAAGUCGAAAAGCAAAAUAUCUCUGAAAACGCUGCCGAAAAGUUCAAGAAUGAAAGAGACGAUAUUUUGAAUAAAGGUGAUGAUCACGAACCGCAUAUUAUCAAGUCCAAAUCGGACUCUAACUGGGGUCCCAUUGACUACAAAACUGAUAAUGGUAAGAACAAGAAUCUACAGGACGUUGUUGUACCCUCUGGCAUGAAAGACAACUCUCGUGGUGAUACGUCUGAAAAACCAAAUACCAAGUGGGGGGGAUCUAUGGAGCCUACUAGGAGCGACAACCUGCAUGAUGUUGUUGGUUCUCAAAACGUCGGCGGAAACAUCCCUAAAAGCACCACUCAGAACGUCGUGUUGCCACCAGCCAUGAAGGAUGAAGAUUUGAACAAGGGUAAAUUUAACUCAAGAAAACCCGAUGAAUACGGAUUGGAUUAUUUGGACGAUGUUGAAGAUGACGACGAUCAUGGUAUUAACGAUUACACAAAUGUAAAGGACGAAGACCACUAUAACAUGUCUGCGCAACGCGAAGAAAAGCCGGAUUAUAGUCGUUACGAAGCUGCAAGGAAAAUCCCGGGUGCCUUCAAAGUUGAUGCAUUAUCUAGCUCAAUUCAAAGACAAGAUGAUGAUGCGUUAUCCCCAAAGCAGAAAACUUACUACUCUAGCAAUGUAACAAAGGUAGACUCAAGUCAAGGAAAGUACGAAUUCUCCAACAUGUCUGGCAAUAGCAAGCCUACUGACUUAAGUAAAAACACUUCAGGUCCAACACCAACCCGUGUCAACCUCGUUGAUCAAAUUAAACCAAGAGGAGCUGAAAACAUGUCAUCUAACGGCAAGGGUUCUGACACUACUGCAUCAGGCAAGACCGAAAAUACCGGUAUCGGUUCUGGUGUUGCCGCAUUUGAUAACAGUAGAACUGCAGACACUACAUAUGCUAAAUCAGGAGACGCUGUUACUGCUGCUUACGACAACAUUAGAAACACUGGUAGCAGACGUGUAGAAUCAGAAAACGCUGAUACUACAGCAUUUGUUAAUACCGGGAAAGCAGACAUUUCACAUGCCAAAUCAAGAGAUGCUGAUACUGCUUAUGCUCAGGAAAAACCAUUGCAACAGCAGACUGCUUAUGGGUCCGGUAGUGACGCCACAAGCCACGAAUCUUCUAGUGAUGAUGAUAUUGACGUGAACAAGAAUCGGAAGGUCUUGAACAAUGAUGCAUCUGACUACAAGCGUGAAGUAGAUUUGAAAAAUCAGCGCAGAACCAACAUUGGUGGCACUGAGGCCGCAAGUGCGUACGCUGCUGAAGUUGGUAAUUUCCCAAGUUUGAUCGAUCCUCAAGUUCCAACUUAUGGAUUCAAAGAUGAUAAUACUCCGGAUCCACAAAAAAAGGCAUCAUUAUCCUCCCCGACCGAAUCUACCGGCCCAGAAGCUGCCAACUACUCGAUUCACAAUGAAGCCACUUCUCAAGGAAGAAAAGUUUCUGUGGGCUCGGUAGGCUCUGGUAAAUCAAAGCAGCAUCAUCAUCACAGUAUGAAGAACUCUUCCAAAUCACCUGAUUACGAUUAUACUUCAACCAACUCCUCAGAACAAGCUCCAAGACACCAUACUCAUGGCACUGAUGAAGGUGAAGAACAAGAAUAUGAAGGCGAAGAACAAGAAGGUGAGGAACGCACUGGCAAGCAAAAUUUCAUGGGCAGAGUGAGAAAGAGUAUUUCUGGUGGUACUUUUGGAUUCAGAAGUGAAAUUUAA